AUGAAGUUUGAUUUGACUCCAGUGCCAGUUGAGAACGGAUUUCAACAAUGGAGAGAUACAAUAUGCAUUGCAACCCGUAUGCCUAAUGGAAUAUUACCUCCUAUUCGACAAAAGCUCUGGAUAUCGUUAGCUUCGAAUUACAUCCGUGAAAUAUGUCUUGAUUGGAACAAAAUACAAAGUUUUGCGUUUAAUAAUUGUACCAGUUCCGAUGAUGAUGAACUUGGAAUACAAAUUGUCAAAGAUCUCCAUCGUACGGGUUGCUCUUGGUCAGAUAAUGAAGGUGAUCGUUCAACACUUAAGCGAGUAUUGCUAGCAUUUGCAAGAUACAACAAAUCGAUUGGAUAUUGUCAAGGUUUGAAUAUUUUGACGGCUGUCAUACUACAAGUGGUUGAUAAAAAUGAAGAAGAUGCUCUGAUGGUUCUCAUUUAUUUGGUGGAGAAAAUAUUACCGAAUGGCUUUUUUACAAAUAAUUUACAAGCAUUAGCGAUUGAUAUGGCCGUAUUUGGGGAAUGGCUACGUAUUUACAAUAUAGAACUGCAUAAUCAUUUGCACGAAUUGCAAAUGUCAUCCAAAGAUGCGACAGGAACAAUUUAUGAACCUCCUCUUCUUAAUGUUUUCACAAUACAAUGGUUUUUAACGCUGUUUGCCACAUGUUUACCACGACGAGCUACAUUACGUGUGUGGGAUGCAUUAUUACUUGAAGGCAGUGAAAUUUUGUUUCGCACGGGUCUUGUUAUAUGGUCUAAAUUAGCCACUUCCGUUCUUAAACAACAUUCAGCCGAUCAGUUUUAUAGUAUAAUGGGAUUAUUAUCCGUACAGCUACUGGAUGAAAAAAUAGUCGAUGCUGAUAGUUUAAUUCGAGAUAUUUAUGCUUUUGGACCGUUUCCAACCACUAUUCUUCAAGAUUUGAGGCAAAAGUUUUCUCUUAGCAUAACACCAUUUCAACAGCUGACGACGUCUGAUAACGUCACUGAUCGUUCUUCAACGAAAUCACAAAGAAAAGAUGGAAAAACUAUAAUGAAUACCAACGGUUUAUCUACCAAAAAUCAUAGUACAGAUGAAGAAUCAACACCCAAUGAAGAAAUUGCCAAUUUCAUGUCAUGUUUUUCAAUAUUAGCUUCGCCGUCACGAAACAGAUUUGAAUAUAAUUCAUCUGAACAAUCAACAUCGAAUUCAGUCAAUGAUAAUGGUGCUGUUUUAUCUCGCGUGACGCCUGACACUUACUCAAACACUCUCGAAAUACACAGAACGAAUUCAGUUGAACUUGAUAUAGGUCAAUUAUGUAAACAAUAUAAGAAGUUACGCGAGAGACAAAAACAAGCUCAAAUUAUUAUGCAAACUGCUUCUGCUGAACAACGAAAUCGUUCUCAAAUGUCCACUUUGCAUCCGAAUGAUCCUCGACGAUUGGGUCAAACGGAUGAUAGAUCAACUGUGGCCUUAUCAAACGUUAUACUAUCUUCUUCCAAUAUAUCAAAUAAUAAAAACACAUCAUCACUGACAAAACAACAUUCUACCGUCUACCCAAUCACAAGCGGCCCAUUGGUUAAUCAUCUUUUAUUGAAAGUGGCUGAUCCUAAAAGGAAUAUGUACAAAAAAAAAUCUUCAAUUAAAUCUCCUGUCUCCAUCGCUCAUAAUACACGAGUCAAUUGUAUUGAAGACUCACCAAGACAGACAUUAUUUAAUAAACCAUUAGUAGAAACGAGCGAACACGAGAUUAAACAAAUAUCAACAAAAGAAGAAGUGGCUGAAGAUGAAGCCGAUAUUCAAAUUGAAAUAGAACAAUUAAUGACCAGUUUAAACCUAGAAAAGCCUAUUAUUGGAAAAUCUGAAACUAUAAUUGCUACAAAACAAGGUAUCAACGAUGAAAAUAACGCAACAGACAAUGAACUUAAGAGUCGUCCAGAAAGUAUUGCAUUUACAUUAUAUGAUUCUGGAACGAUACAAACGUCACUCAAAUCCAACAACAAAAAUCCUAAUAUUUACACGACGAAAAAAUGCAACGGACCAAAAAUUGCUCAUUUACAGAAAAUGAAUCGAAUUGGACCACGUUACACUUCAUUUAAUCCAUUUCCAUCACGAUCGUUUAAUGAAAAUGUGGCUAUGAAUGGUUCCAAAUUAGGAUUAUAUGCCCCACGUUAA